CAUGCCUCCCAUACCUGACUCCUCCAGCAGGUCCACACCUCAAAGCCAAUCCCUUCAAAAACAUCCAGGUGCUACAGAGUCAGUAACAUCGUCACAAGGCCUGCAGAGACACACUCACUUCCCAGGAAGGACAUUUCUCUUUUACACUGCUCCUCGUGUCCAAGACCAUCAAUAAGUUCAUCGUACCUGCUCUUCUGAGGAGCUUCUUCAUCUCCCUCAGCCUCCUCCAUCCCCUGCUCCACCUCGAAGGCAGCAGUCAUGAACUGGUCUGCGUUGGAGGCCCUCAUCAGCGGGGUCAACAAAUACUCCACCGUGUUCGGCCGUGUCUGGCUCUCCGUGGUCUUUGUCUUCAGGGUGAUGGUGUACGUGGUGGCGGCUCAGCGAGUGUGGGGUGACGAGAACAAGGACUUUGUCUGCAACACGGCCCAACCGGGCUGCACCAACGUGUGCUACGACCACUUCUUCCCCAUCUCCCACAUCCGCCUGUGGGCCCUGCAGCUCAUCUUCGUCACAUGCCCGUCCCUGAUGGUUGUUGGGCACGUCAAGUAUCGCGAGAAGAAGGACGCGGCGUUCACCCACUCACACAAAGGCACCCAUCUGUACGCCAACCCUGGGAAGAAACGUGGGGGACUGUGGUGGACGUAUGUGGUCAGUCUGAUUUUCAAGGCAGGCUUUGACACUGGCUUCCUCUACAUCCUGUACUACGUCUACGAAGGCUACGACAUGCCCCGCCUGUCCAAGUGCUCCCUGGAGCCGUGCCCCAACACGGUGGACUGCUACAUAUCCCGUCCCACUGAGAAGAAGAUUUUCACAAUCUUCAUGGUUGUCUCCUCUGCUUUGUGCAUCCUGAUGUGCAUCUGUGAGAUGGUUUACCUCAUCUACAAACGCAUCCAAAAAAUCUUUAAGAAAAAAUACGAGGCAAACAAGAGGAUGUUCGUAGAGAAUCACGAAUUGACGCCACUGGCAAAGCCCAGGUCAGAGUUUAUGUCCAAGAGUUCAAUCAGAGUGGAUCCUACAGCCUCCGUCCAAAACCUCACUAACAUGAAGUCUGAAGAAGAGACGUCUAAGAAAAUGUAAUGUGCUUUUUGUUUGUUUUUUAUAUAUAUCUGUUGUAACUUAUUGUCGUUUAUUGUGAUUGUAGUAAUGUGUUUUUAUUACAUGUACAGCACUUUGGCUCGACCAAAAAUCGCUUUUAAAUGUGCUAUAUAAAUAAAACCUGAUUUGAUUUGAUUUGAUGGGAAAGGCCUUGUUGAAAAACUGUGCAACGUACUGAAGGGGACGCUGGAAGCAAAUGCAUUCAUCAGACUCCAUGGAGAACGGCUGCUCUACACCAAAGAGAUAUCCAUCGAUUCAUGGAUUUCUGAAGCAGCUCUUUGUAAAUAUUAUCAUGCCUGCAGGAAAGCACAUGUAAUGCAUGCAAAUGAACCCCUAACAAAGGUGGAUACGGAGGAAGAUAAAGGGUAAAGAAUAUGCUUUGGAUUUGGUUUAUGUGUGUAUGAGUGUGUGGAUGUCUGUAUCUGUGUUUUUUGUGUACUGUAUGUAGUGUCCGCUAGAAGUAUGUUUAUGCUAUUAUAUUAGGGUUCUUUGUAUAUGAUAUAUAUGUUGUUGGACCCCAAGUUUUGUUCACACUAUAUCAAGAGCAAUACAUUUUCCUGAAAAAAAAACACACUGCCCCCUAUUGCAUAAAACAAGAUAAAGCACCAAAGCACUUACUUCAGGGGUGGAACAGUAAUCGGCACAAGUCACUUUUUUUAUUUCAGAAACACAAUAUGAAGAAAAUGUUCUUUAUUUUGUCGAGAGUCGGUUUAAAUCAUGUGGACAUUUUGUGUUUAAUUCAGAAUUAAUUAAUGAACGUGUGAUACAACACAUUCAUUCCACUGAAAAAUUAUACUUAAGAAAAUGAAAACGAACAUUGAAUAACACAGAAAGCCUGAUAUAUUGUAUUUGUUGUAUUUAUUGUUGUGAAACUAUAAAGCUAUACCACUGUUAACAGUG